AUGAUCUUUGAUGUGGUAUUGGAGAGGCAGUCGCAGCAGGGCCUUGGACUUGCUAUCAAGCGUGGGUCUCCGGGAGAGUGGGUCAGUUAUGGAGCGCUUAUUGUCGAAAUUCUCCCCACUAGUCCUGCUUAUGGGAAAUUACAGCCAGGUGAUGUAAUAAUGGCAGUCAAUGGCAUCUCCCUGGAGCACAAAUCUUACCCAGAAAUGCUCGACAUUCUGCGCAGGACGGAGGGGCUGGUCACGUUGCUUGUCUACAGACGGGAGGACGAGGGAGGAGCGCCGAAAGGCGUGACGUCGGCUUCUUGUCAGUCUCUUUUUCUACCCGACGGCCCCUCCACUCAUUCACCGCAGAGGCAACUCUCGGCUCGAUCCGAACACGAGGCGUCUGGGCUUACCCGCGAUCAGCGCUACGCUAGUCUCCUGAAGGUCAACUUUGUAAAAAAGCAUCCCAACGACGGCUUAGGUGUCGAACUCUCGGGCCAGCUGGUGGUCACCUCGGUAACGCCAGGUGGGAAAGCGGACCAUGCUGGGAUUCGAGCGGGAGACAGAGUGAUUACCCUGAACGGGAUCGACGCGGCUCACUUAAGUCUGAUUGACGCCGCUUACCUGAUGCGUAGGGAGCAGUCGGAUGUGACUUUGAUGCGAGUUGAACAUGAGGAAGAAGACGAUCAAGCUUGUUUACCGUCUGAAGUCGGCGAACCUCCGGACUAUGAGAAUCUACACCGUUGUGGGCACCCGUGCUGUGCGCCACAAGAGAUAUCGAGGCCACAAGCAGAAUAUAAUUUCCGGUGUUGUCCUACUCCUUCCAUUUCAGAACCUCUUCACGUAAUAACAUCUCCAAUGGGCUACUCGCCGGUGUUAUAUAGGCCGAUAUUUUCGGUCUCCAACAUGGAUAACCCUGCCGUUGUACCUGGAAGACAGCCGUGCUGCAGGUGCCACACGACUUGUCCCUACUGCCCAGGUCUCCCCGAGGCCGUCGCAACGGCAGUCGAGCGAAUCUCCCCACCCCUUCUCAACAUCGACCAUGUCGAUGCCGAGGGGGACAGACCCAGAGUGGUCACCAUACAGCGGCACCCCGUGAUUGGCACCGGCAUUCGGAUAAUCGGAGGGAACGCUGUGGGCAUCUUUGUCUCUGAGGUUAACGCCCACUCUCCUGCCUCUGAAACUGGUCUCAGACCUGGGGAUGAGAUCCUAUCGAUAAGCGGUGAGCCCGUGCAACUGAUGACCAAAGCCGAAGCAGCCUUGCGGAUUCUACGUUCUCAUAACUUGCUUCAAAUGCAGGUGAAACAUGCUCCUGACAAAUAUGAAGCAUUCAUGAGUGAUAAACUCGGACCUGGAGAUGACUUCCACGUUAGAGCCGCUUUCAAUUACAUCCCAAAUAUUGUGAAUGAAAGUAGCAUGCAGACCAUAGACCCUGCAGUGUCCAUACCCGCAUUGAAAAUCUCCCACGGGGACAUUUUCCACGUAACGGACAGUCUGCUUGCGGGUUCAUUCACAUCAUGGUUGGCUAGGAAAGUUGCGCCAGUUGCAUCGCCAUUCGGAAGCAUUCCAAGUAGUGAAAAGGCCAUUCAGCUUCUGAAGACGCAAAUUCCUACUUUGCACUCGGCAGAAGUGGCAAGCCCAUACCUCCGAGUUGGUCGACUAGACCGCUAUCCCUAUCCUAGACCAGUAAUUAUUUACGGUCCCCUCGCCGACAAGGCGAUGCGCCUUCUUGUCGAAGAGGUCUCUACAAUCGAGGGCGGCGACGAGGAGGCGCGUUUCGAGGUGCCACCGAUCUCAGGGACUCAACCGCAGCCGGACGAGGCGUGGUCUGCCCACCUCUAUCCACAGUGCCCCGGUGUAAUAAGGCUUAGCGCCAUUCAGGUAAAGUGCCGAUCACUUGACCUCUUUCUAUUAACCGAUGCUUGCUUUCAGAUGGUAAUGGAAAAAGGCAAGCACCCAGUGCUCAACUUGCGACCUUCCGCAAUCGAGGGCUUGAUUCAAAACGGAAUUGCCCCAAUAGUUCUCCUUUCGACCACAAACAACGCCCAGCAGAUCCGCGCUGCACUUGAACUCUACAAACCUCGAUGUCACGGAGGCACGAAAGAACUGAGUCGACGGCUUUGGACGGAGCUGACCGACUUGCGACAAAACAUACCCCACUUGUUAACGGACACGGUUCCGCUUCUCAACUCACCACUGCAAAUGCGGUUUGAUGAGGUCGAGUGGAUGCAUAACUUGAUAUCCGUCAUUCGGUAUCAUCAGAGUCAACCGGUUUGGGUUGCGGAGGACUCGGUGGCAUUUAGCAAGGCAAAUGAAGGUACCCUGACGCCGAUGGCUUCACCUAAGGAAAAUUCCAAGUUAACGGUUGAAGUGGCUUCAUCCGACAAGAGUGAACACGAUGCCACAGAUGACGCUCGCCUUGCACUAAACACUCUUUGCCGCGAAGUCAAUUCAUCUUUAGGCAGGGCAAUGGACGAAUGGAAUAUGCUUGACCGACUAGAAUUGGUGACAGACAAGCUAGAUGCAAGAUCAUCAUACUCACACGACAGGGUUACGGUGCGAAACCAGAAUAUGCGCCGCGUUCGGAUUCAGUCGCCAAGGCAAAUGCAAUCCUCGCACGGGGAUCGAUACCAGGCCACUUUUACGGCUGAUGCAUGUCGAAUCGAGGAGCUGUUUCGAAUCCUUGUAGCCGAUCGAUUAUUGGCUUUCAGAUCUGAAACCAGGUCAGCACAGACAAAUUCGCCCCGAAUGAUCGAGACGUGCAUUGACGCCGAGCUCUUGGGUGGGCGUGAAUCGGGCGCCAAGGCGAACGAAGUGACCCCCACUUCGGCGCGGCGACAUCGCGCGCUGUCGGGGCGAAACGCGCCCUGUGGACUCAUCUCGGAGCCGCAGGAAGUUGUGGCCGAGGUCAGUGGCGAAUUCACCGCUGCAGAAGGCGGGAAACUAGAACUACCCCAACAUGGCGUGACACUCUUCAUUCCACCUGGAGCUCUUCCAGAUGAGGAAAAGGACCAGAAGCAGGAGAUUUACUUACGGGUCUAUGAGGGAGACAAUCGCGGGAACGCGGUGAGCAGCGGAAGCACCAACGAGUCCUCCAAAAAGUCGCAUCUAGUCAGCCCACUGGUGAUGUGUGGUCCCCGUGGCAUGCGAUUUCAGAAACCUGCUACCUUGACAAUGCCGCGUUUCCACAAACAUUGUGGGAACGCCGAGAACGGAGGAGCCUGGAACCUCAGCGUGAUGCAUGCGUCAACGCAAUCCGACGGCUCCACGUCCGCCUCCGACGCAGAGGCCGAACAGCAUUUGCUGCGGCAGUGGCGCAAGGCCACGGCUGACUCGGACCUCGAGCAAAAGGCGGCUCCUGCGCCUCACAACGGCACGGAGAGCGACAGCAGCGGCGCGGGUGUCAAGUGCCAAAUUGCUGACUCACUCAUCUCUAUUCUUAUUGACCGCUUUUAA